AAGGCUCCAUAUCUCCAAACCUGUCUGAUAUGAUGAGGGAUGAGAUGACAAAUAAUUUUUUCCUGCUUUCAAGUACUCGAAGGCAAUUAACAUUCGUCCAGCAAUCAAUGAUCUAACAUUCAUAAUUGAUAACAGUUGGCAAUAUGAAAACUAAGAGAAGUAGAGGAUCAUCAAAAAAGUUGCCCAAAAGAAUCAAAAUGAAAGAGUUUACAAAAGCAAAUAUUUCUGAAAAUUCUCAACCAGAUUCAUUGACAGAACUCUGCUUAAGCUCAGAAAUUGAUCUGGGAACUACUACUGGGGAUUCAAAUUAUUCUGAUAUGAAUGAACAUACACAAGUCACAGAUUCUCUAAAUGUAACUGCUGAUAGCACAGUUACAUCAAGCAUGGAUCAUGCAUGCAUAUCGAAUGGAGAAGUACCUCUAUGUUCGACAACAGGUUUCAGUGAUAUCCCUGAAAGUCCUCAGUUUGAUCCUCAAGUUCAGUCCUCGACACCAUCCAUCCCAAGAACAAAAAUUGACCAACAAAAUACACUUAAGGAUUUGGAUUACUCACAAGUGGAAGGAUAUUCUGAAGUUACAGAUUCUGUGAAUAUUACUGCUGAUAGCUCACUUAUAUCUAGAAGUGAUCAAUAUUCAGAUAGUGCACAAAUUGUGGAGUUCUAUAAUGCACUGGAAGAUUGUUUAACCAACACAGAAGUAACACCUUGUUCAACUACAGAACUACAUGAAAAUAUUGAUGCAAAAAAGUGUAAGAAAGAAAUACCAACACUACUUUCUCACAAAUCUAAAUCAAACCUGGUACCAACUCCUUCAGCAAAUUUAGCUUCUAUAGAAAUAAAAAAGCAAGAUGACGAAACUAAGGUGAAGAUAUGUAGACUUUGCUUAGUUUUCAUAGAUGAUGAGGGUAUUCCAAUAGGAAAAAUACUUCCUAUGCUUCAAAUUGUUCUACCAGAGGUGGAUGUACAAAUAACAAAGGAUCCAGUUGUGUGCCAGAAUUGCUCCUCAUUUAUUGAUAAAGCUUCUGUAUUUAUGAUACAUACCUUGGAUGUAGAAAACAAAAUAAAAAGUUAUCAUGCAACACGUCUCAGCACUGAGGAACAAGUAGAUUUGUACAAUGUAUUGGAGUCUGCUUUUCCAAAGUUUGAAUUGGACACUGAUACUUUUGGUAAUGAUGAAAGUAAGCAUGAAGAAAUUGAUGAAAAAAAGGAAGACAUCAAGGACGUCAAGAGGAUAAGCAAAAAGCCUGAAUACAAACGAAAAUCGGUUCGAGAACACCAAAAAGGAGCAAAGUACUACUACUGCGAGCAUUGUACUUUUAAAACAAGAUACAGGAGCAGCAAGAAGCUUCACAAAAAGACAAUGCACUCGAACCCUGAUAACAUUGUCAUGCAUUCUUGCCCAGUUUGCCCAUUCAAAACUAAAUACCGGCGAUAUCUUAACACCCAUAUGCUUGUACACAAAAAUCCAGAGGAUUGUAAAAUGCACCAAUGCCCUGAAUGCGAAUACAAAACGAAGACCAAAAGUUACCUCAAAACUCACAUACUGACACACAAACGACCCGAGGAGGUUCCAAAGUAUAAAUGUGAAUACUGCAAUUUUGAAACAAAACAUAAAAAGUACCUAGAGACACACAGAUUGAUCCAUAUGGAUCCUGAUGACAUCCCAAUGCACCAGUGUGACAUGUGCAGUUUCCAGACUAAGUCAAAACAAUACUUGAAAACACAUAAAAUCAUGCACAAAGACCCAAAAGAAAUACCUACACAUAAAUGUGAUAUAUGCGAUUUUGAGACUAAGUCAAAACAGUACUUGAAAACGCAUAAAAUCAUGCACAAAGACCCGAAGGAAAUAACCAUGCAUAAAUGUGAACAUUGCAGUUUUCAAACCAAGUUCAAAUACUCCCUUAAAAAACAUGUAUUGAUACACAGAAAUCCUGAUGAGAUUCCUAUGUAUCAGUGUGACCAAUGUACAUUCAGAACAAGACAUAAGAAGUACCUGGAAACACAUAGCACGGUUCAUCUCAGCCCAGAUGAAAUUCCCAUGUAUCAGUGUGAUCAAUGUGAAUUUCAAACCAAGUCAAAGGCAUAUCUCAUGAAGACCCACAUGCAGAUUCACAAAAACCCAGAUGAAUUGAUCUUACAUAAAUGUGAAAUAUGCCCAUUUAAAACAAGGCACAAAGGUUAUAUUGAGACCCAUAUGCUGACACACAAAAGCCGAGAUGAGGUGACGUUGUACAGCUGUGAUAACUGUGACUUCAGUACGAAGUUCAAACAUUACUUGAGGCGGCAUAUCUUAGUGCAUCUUGCACCUGGUCAGUGUCCGAUGUACAAAUGUACAGAAUGCGACUUUGAGACGAAACAUAGGGGUUAUUUGGACACUCAUAUUUUGUAUGUGCACAAGAGUAAAGAUGAGGUUCAGAUGCAUAGGUGUACAGUAUGUGAUUUUGAGACAAAGUCUAAAGGGUACCUUAAGACGCACAUGCUUUUACACAAAAAUCCUGAUGAGGUCCCUAUGUAUAAAUGUAAAAGGUGUAAGUUUACAACUAAGCACAAGAGCUACUUGAAGACACAUAUUGUUCAUAUGCAUAAUAGGAAAUGGUUAUACAAAUGAGCUUAGGGGAGCAGUAGAGGUAAACGGACUCAAAGAAAGAUUGAGAGAUAAGAUAGAAUAUUUAUAUCUUUAAUGUACAUUUCCAAUCUCUGCCGAUCUGUGGUUAAAGUAGCAACAUAUAUCUGUUUCUAUAUAAUCAAUCUCAUAACAGGCGUGACAUUUUUCGUGACAGAUAAAAAAAUUCGAUUGAUGAUUGAAACCAUUGAUUAACAUAAACCCUAAUUCACUAGUAUUCAUCACGUUUUGACGUCUACUGAGGUGAACAGCUGAUCAGCAAGUGUAUUAGGUUGUAACGUUGGCAAUAAUGAUUCGGGUGUAAAUUUUGUAAACAUUUGCUUGCAGCGUUUUUUAAAUGCCGGGACACCGCGGCCUCUACGAUGAUCCCAAAGAAAUUUUGUUAAUACGAUGUUUGUACUGCCUAAGGUUAGUAGAACUGGGGAAAGCUUCCUCUUGUAGAUUCUUCCAUAAUUUCGACAACCUUGAGACAAAGGAGCCGUCGUAUCGUCCAUUUCUGGAUGUUCGACACUGUUAGGAUGGAAUGCCAAUGUCAGGCGGGUCUGUCUGGCAGGCACAUCGCGCGGUGGCAUCAUGGAAGAAAGCUCUAAGGAGCAAAGCCCGUUGGUGUAGCGGUAGAAGAGAGCUGGUUCGCCGACGGCCCGCCGGUGCGAAAGGGGGGGGCAGCACCCCAAACCUGUGAGCAAUACUCGAGGCUAGGCCUUAUCUGGACCUUGUAUAGAGUGAGAAGGUCAUGCGGAGAAAAGUACUUCUUAGCCCUAAACAAAUAGCCUAGCUUUUUCAUAGCAGCUGCCGCUAUUGACGCGAUGUGUUCGUGCCAGAUCAGGUCCUCGGUGAUCUGGACUCCGACCAGCCGAAAUGAAUGGCUCUUUGCCGAACUCGGUCAUCCAUCAAAACCGGAUGAGCGCUAGGACGCUUUUUGUUCGUCAAGGUACAGUACUGUGUUUUGGAAGCGUUAAACUGUACCCUGGGGAACACCCGCGUUGACAUUGUGGAAUAAAGAAAAGAAUCCAUCAAUUACGACAGAUAUCUUGCGGCCAGAGAUAAAGUCGGCCACCCAUCUGCAAAGCUUUUCUGGGAGGCCGUAGAAUGAAAGUUUGCUUAAGAGGGCAGCGUGCCACAGCUGAUCGAACGCUUUCGUGAUGUCAAGAGCAACGACAUGAGCCCCACCAUAAGACUGGAUGAGUUUACUCCACAAUUGCGUGACGUGAGCUAGGAGGUCGCCUGUGGAUCGCAGGUGCCGGAAACCAUACUGCCUGUCGCUAAUCAAGCUCGCGAUUUAUGCACCUCUCCAUCACCCUAGUUAUAACAGAAAGCAGAGCUAUAGGCCCGUAGUUGUAAGAGUCGGUCUUAGAUCAUUUUUUUUUUGGGAUGGUCCGCGACAGUGAAACAGACAUCUCUCCAAGGAAAGGUUGAAAGAGCCGCUCCCAGUCGAAAUAUCCGUAAUGUCAAAUUUUGCGGCCUGUGCGAGUUACUGCUGCCACAGCAGGUUCUGACCGAAACCUAACCUCCACAAGACCGUGGUCUGAGUUACCCAGGGGGCACCGGACAGCAGUGCUGUAAGGGACAGGAUGUGUGGCCAGAAAAAAAUUAGGGCUCAUUACGAGCUGGGUCAACCCUUGAGUAAGAGCGAACGUUUCAACUGCACGACCUGCUUCAUCGGUCUUGUUUGAGCUCAUCCAAAGCUCAUUAUGGGCAUUGAAAUCACCGGGGAGAACUACCUCUGAAGCGAGGUGAUUGAUGUUCAGGAAGUCGUUCUUGACCGCGAGGUAUUCAACUAGUUCAUCCCAGUUAUGGUCCGAGGGAGAGCGAUAAAGGCAGCAAAUAAAUUUGGGGGGUGUUUCGGAGUUGAAGCGAAGCCACAGAAUGUCCUUCCGGUCUGAUUCCAAAUAAACAUCUCUGGGGCAGGAAAGACUGUUGCGGACAAAAGCCACAACUCCCCCGUUCUCUCUCAGAUUUGAGUGCACCUCGUAAUUUGGGAAGCUAAGAUAGUUAAUCAGUGCAGACUCUCAGUUUUUUGUCUCCGCCAGGAAAAGCAUGGCGGGACGAUUGGUUUGCAGAUAGUGAUCAACAGCAUCAAUGUUGCUGUUAAUCCACCCUCCAGCCGGACAUUCCGAGAGUGGAGUGAGUUUACUUCCGGAAUUCUUAGUAUUCGAGCGAUCCAUCAUCAUUAGUUUCUUUGUUUUGGAAGAUAACCGACUGCAUAGCUUAGGUGUGGAAACAUUUAUAAAACGGGUGGUACCGCCUCGGUCGACUGGUCCGUGUUAAUGAUGUUAAAAAGAUCUAAAGUGGCCCGUUGGCGGACUUGUACCGCCACCCGGCAAUCGGUACUGAGGUGUUCCUUAACGCGUGUACAAUCACUUGAACGGGAAGAAGUUGUAUACUGGAUACAACUUCCGGAACAAGCCACGUCUCCGCUCAGUAGGGGAGGUUUUUUGUGUGCAAAUGAACUUUUUUAAAUAAAAGAGCUGUCAAAGUACAAAACGAAACUGUAGCAUAUAAAAAACCAAAACAAAAUGCGGUUCUGUCUACCUGGCGUUGAUGAAUCCGUCAGAAUUAUGUCACUUGUGGAUAUGGAGAGUUUUGAACUAUUACUUGAUGAUCAGAUAUUAUUAUACCGUAAUGGAUAUACUCGUAAAAAAGAAGAUACCCAACCAGCCUGUAUUUACUAAGCCAAUCACAUACAAUUUUCACUGUCACAGCUAUUUUUCCAAAUAGAAACCCAGUAAUUCAUUUAAUAGGAAUUUUGCUUUUAAAAGAAAAUUGUUCAUUCUUCAAGAUGGAUAAUGUGUUAUGUAUUGUCUGUAUCACGCACCAUAUCGGUGCAAGAUCAACAUAGGUACAUCGGUGGAGCUGGUAUACCAGUAGAUCGGUUGUGAUAGUACUGUGUUGGUACUACGAGGUCGGCAAAAAAGGAUCAAAGUUGGCCUAGUUGCCAGACUUCAGCAAUGACAUUUAUUUCGGUGCAAAAAACGUAAUGAAAAAAUUGACUUUGAAGACUUAGCUGCUAUAGAAACUUAUGUUUCUAUAAUUAUAACUAUUACAGAGCUUAACCAUUCACCGAACCGUUUUACCUGAACAUUCUAACACAGCGAAAACAUAUUGGGAAAUAUAACUUCUGUGAAGACUUCGCGCAAUCUCAGCAUGUUACAGGACCGUUCAGACUAUUGUAGAACACACUGUAUAGGUAUGUGAAAAAGGAAAAGAGACACGAUAUGUUUUUUGGAAGACAGAAAACAUAUAUUGUCAAUUGUAUUUAACAAAGACCACAAUGGUGUCGAAACGUCGUACAAUAAACAGAAAUCUAAACAUAUACAGGGUGUUCCUUAAUGAGAUGCGAAUAUUUAAGAGUGUGAAUCUACAUGAAAAAUUAAUGAUAGUUUUCUUUAUAAACUAUGGUCCAAAAAUGUUUCCUUACAAAAACUCGAGGUGUUGAAGUUUUAG